ACUAGUAAGAAAUGAAUUACAUUCGAAAUCAGAUCUUCUCUACAAUCUCAAGUUUAUUCAAGAAACCAAAACUUCCAACUCUUCCUUUAGUAAAUACAUUAAACGUCACUUCUCAAGUUUCUCCUCUACAAAACUGAAUAAAGAAAACAAAAUGAGCACAUCUUUCGCAAACCUGAGACGACUAGGUGUCGGCAAACGAGUGCCAGAAGAUCCGAUAUUUGCUGCUGGCGAUGUUCUGUGUCACAUGUUCGUGCGUCAAGGUGUUGUUGAUAUCGACGACGAGCAGCUCUGCCACGAAGUAGUGGCUUCAUUUCCAUGUGAAGUGCCUGGCUGUCAGGAGACAUUCUCCGCUCUGUUAGAUUUCGAGAUGCACUACAACUCCCGGCACCGCAACAUCUGCAGCCAGUGUCGUAAGCCACUGCCAUCCGCGCAUCUGCUGGACCUGCACAUCUCCGAGUCCCACGACUCGUUCUUCGCAGCUCAGGCUGAACGUAAACCCAUGUUCCGAUGUUUCGUCGAGGACUGCUCCAUAGUCAGCAAAGACAUCUCAGAACGGAGGUCUCACUGCAUAGAGGUUCACAACUUCCCUCACGACUUCCGAUAUGAUCAAUCUCUCAAGAAAGGCAAGAAAACAAACCAGCAAAAAAAGGCAGAGAAAGAAGGUGAAGCCAUGACUGUUGACGAGGCAAACCAAAAGAAACCAACAACAAAAAAAGCGUUUACCUUUGGACACUCUAAGCAGGGUAAAACGUUUUCUAGUAAACCGUGGCACGCUCAAGGCAAGAAACCUCAGAAUAAACCAGUUCCGAUCGAAGAAAUGGACACAAACGAUCUUAUGGACACCUUACCAUCAUGCUCUUGAUGUUUCAUUAUUUUCUACUAUACGAAUGUUUUGUGGUUAAUAGGUUUUACGUUAACAUUAUUACGUUACCUAUUAUUGUUGAGCAAGUUAAAUAAAGUCGUUCAUUUGCAAUUUUUUCCUGUAAUAGUAUUGUAUUGAUACAUUUUUUACUCUUGAUACAAUAUGUUUAGCACAAUAAGAUUUGUACACAUUUAAAUUAUUUUGUUAAUAAUAUAAUUUAUGUUGCUGAUAAAACCUGAUACGAAGAGAAACUGAUUUUGAAAUAGUUGUCAUUGUAUGUUAAUUGUAUUUGUUAUUGUUCAAGAUAUUCAUUAGUACUUCAUUAAAAUAUAAAUAGUUUUACUGUAGUUAUGGUUUUGUCAUAAAGUAUUCUUUCACAAAAUGUGAAUAAAUAAUUUACUGUACA